CCCACGUUCCUUGCCAGGCACCGUCAUGGAGAAUCGACGCCCGUCUGUACGUUCGAGCCGCGUCGGAUCGCACGUCCGCUUUGAGAAUGACUGCGUGACGACCCUCGAUGCGUUUCGGUACAUCGACCGCGGGUGCCGCGCCGAGGCAGACAUGUUUUACAGUGAAGCCAUCAACUGCUUCGUGAACGCGGGAGAGUGCUUGCUACUCGUGUCGGAGCGUGACGGUGAAGACAUUGCCCCCAUGCUUCUCGCCAAGGCCCAAGAAGUCAUUGGGUGGGCCGAAAACUUGUCCUUGUGGCUCGAAGGCGGUCGCCAAGGGCCGUUGCCGUCGCGAAAGUGCCGAGGGAUCCAAGUCCCGUUUACACAAGAAUUUGCGGGUGGCGAUCAUUACGAGGAAGCUGUCGAGAUGAGCUACACCCCCGUGGCGUCUGUGAACCCUAUCCACUUCACGUCGGAUGGGUACCGUUUGCAGUGCGUUGGCCGCGGGCGUAAACCGACCAUGAUGAUUGUCAUCACCAUGUACAACGAAGACGCGGAAGAGUUAGCGACGACGUUGCGCAAGGUGUGCAACAACGUGGCAAAUAUUCAGAAGCAAGCAUUGCCAGGGUACAAGGGCGACGAUGCGUGGAAGAACAUCGUGGUGUGCAUCGUUUCUGACGGCAGAACCAAAGCCAACCCGUCCACACUUGCGCUCCUCCGCGAUUUCGGUCUCUUCAACGAAGACGUAAUGACGAUCUUCUCGACGGGCGCUAACACGACCAUGCAUCUCUUCGAGCGUACGCUGCGUCUUGCCAAGGACAAGAAGCAAGUCAAGCUAUACCAUCCGUCGGGGUCGUCCAACAAGGCAUACCCGCCGCUGCAGGUCCUUUUCGCGCUCAAGGAAGCGAACGCGGGCAAGUUAAAUUCGCACUUGUGGUUCUUCAACGCUUUCUGCAACCAAGUGGAUCCCGACUACAAUGUGCUCUUGGACGUUGGGACGUUGCCGACCAAAUCUGCGUUCUACAAGCUCUUGUCUACGUUGGAGAUGAAGCCGGAUGUAGGCGGCGUCUGCGGUGAGAUCGCCGUGAGCCGACCGAUCCCAAACUUGUGGAACUUUGUGAUUGCGACGCAACACUUCGAGUACAAGGUGUCAAACCUGCUGGACAAAGCGACCGAGUCGUGCUUUGGGUUCGUGUCGGUCUUACCUGGCGCGUUCUCGGCAUAUCGCUUCUCUGCCAUCAAAGGCGCGCCAUUGAACGCGUACUUUAAGAGCUUGACCACCGACAUGGCGGACCUGGGGCCGUUCUACGGCAACAUGUACCUGGCAGAAGAUCGCAUUUUGUGCUUUGAGCUACUCGCGCGCACGAACGGCGCAUGGAAACUCAAGUACAUCAAGGACGCGAUUGCACGGACGGACGUGCCGUCAACGCUCGUAGACCUGAUGAACCAACGCCGCCGGUGGCUGAACGGAAGUUUCUUUGCCAUGCUGUACUCGAUUGUGCAGUGGGGCCGCUUGUACACGCACACGAACCAUUCGAUCUUGACCAAGAUCGGUUUCCUCAUCCAGUAUUUUCAGCUCAUCAUCCAGCUCAUGUUUGGCUGGUUCAUGGUCGCGACGUUUUACUUGUCCGUGUACUACACGGUCUUUACGAGUCUCAAGAAAAACAAACUCGGGUUUGCCCAGACCGAAGAAUGGUACGACGACCACCACUCGAUCGCAAUGUCUCUCUUCAACAUCUUCUACGCGAUGCUGAUCAUGAUCCAACUCAUCUUUGGCCUCGGGAACAAGCCCCAGCACGUCAAGAAUUUGUACACGUUUUUGUGUCUGGCGUACGCCGUCGUCGUCAUCGCAGGUGUUUUCUUUGCGUUCGCGUCGAUCGCGUCGGGCGGAAACAUCUCGCUCUUCAACAUUUGCUUGAUCAUUGCUACCCUCGGCGUGUACUUUGUCGCGGCACUCGUCCAUUGCGAACUCCACCACGUCCUGUUUACGAUCGUCCAGUACACCGUCAUGCUGCCGACCACAAUCAACAUCUUGAUGAUAUAUGCAUUCUGCAACUUGCAAGAUUUGAGUUGGGGGACCAAGGGGCUCACAGACUCCAGCGGCCACGGCAACCACGGCAUGUCGAGUGUGGAUAAAGCGAGCUCAGGGAGCUACAAGGACCUCGUAGCUGCCCGCAAGCUCAAGGAAGCUGAGCAAAAGCAGGACGCGAAAAAGGCCAACGAAGUCAAGAAGAACUUUGAAGCGUUCCGGUCCAACCUGCUCAUGUUUUGGCUACUCUCGAACGCGGUGCUCAUCAUUGUGUGCAUCUACUUUGUCGGGGCCAACGUAUUUUUGCCCACGCUCUUCUUGUUCAUUGCCCUCUUCAACAUCACGCGCCUGAUCGGCUCCAUCAGCUUUGUCGUCAUGACAGCGUUCGACUUCCUCCUGCUCUGCGUCUGCCUCCGGUCAGGCGGCCUUGAAAAGCGGAGAAAUAACCGCGCCGCUGACAACGACGAUGACGGCGCGUACGGCCACCUCGGCAGCUCCAAAAUCGACGGAGGCAAGCCCUCGGUUGUGUUGAAGUAAAAGAUGCGACAACUCGUGUGGCAAUUAAUUUGAAAACAACUUGCCGUAAUCCUCGAUCAUAGAUGUUUGUAUAGCCAA